AUGCAUUCUUGUUCAUUUCUUACCGCCGUCACGCUGGGCACAGCAGCUUCUGCCUACCAGCUGCCUCAGAACCUGAAGUCAAUUUACGAUAAUCAUAAGGCUGGCUCGUGUUCCAGCCGCCUUUCCGACAGGUUCCCUGAGGGUGCUAGAUACUGCGGCGAUAUAUCAGGAGCUAUCUACCUCAAGGGCUCCAAUGGAAACUACGAUAACAUGGAUAUUGACUGUGAUGGAGCGAAUAACCAUGCAGGUGCUUGCUCAAAUGAUCCCUCCGGACAGGGGGAGACUGCCUUCAAGGACACUGUCAAGAAUUACGGUAUUCCUGACUUGGAUGCCAAUGUCCAUCCCUACGUGGUCUUUGGCAAUGAUGGAGCCUCGCCAUCAUUUGACCCCCAGCAGCACGGUAUUAAGCCACUGAGUGUCAUGGCCGUUGUUUGCAAUGGCGAACACUACGGCAUCUGGGGAGAUACUAACGGUGGCACCUCUACUGGCGAAGCUUCGAUUUCUCUCGCCGAGCUUUGCUUUCCUAACCAGGGUCUCAAUGGAGACAAUGGCCAUGGUGAGAAGGAUGUUCUAUAUAUCGCCUUUAAAGGUGACGAGGCUGUUCCUGGAAAGAAUGGUGCUGAUUGGAAGGCUGCGAGCCGUGCUGAUUUCUCCAAGAGUAUAAGGACUUUGGGAGAUAAGCUGGUUGCUAAGCUGCAGGGCUAG